AUGCGACAGUUUCUGGGUUUAAAUUUUUAAAAAAAUUUCCACACAUUUAUAUUGCAGACAUUUUCAGAGGCAAUAAGAUUUAAUGUGGAUUUUGGAGUUUUUGAAGUGAUUAACGAUGCUCCACAACUUCUGGAAAAGCAACUGAAAAAAAUUCUACAAAGUCAGCAACCUCGAAAUCCCAUCUAUGAUGUAGUAAGGAAAGGAAAGAAUGAUGUUAAACCCAUUCACAUGAGUGUCCCCAGUGAAGAUGAGACUAUUAAUGUCAACUACAAUAUUAUGUGUCUCAAUCGUGAACAAGGUAUUAAGUGGAUCAAAAAACAAAGACUUCCAGCAUUUCUAGAAAGUGAUUGCUACUUUGAAUACAGGUUAGCCAAAUUAGUCUCACAAGUAAGAUGGAGCCAGUCAGGUAUGACUUUCACACUUGGUUCAGAUACUUCUCCUUGGAUCAUGAGAAAACUGCCUACUCCACCGCCUCCUCAUGAUGAAGAAGACAAUCUCCUGGUUCUGAAAAAGUUCUACAUUUCUCUUGGCGAGGCUUCCUUCACUCAAACAAAAGAUUGGUUUACACUAGCAAAACAAAGUCAGGAAACUGUAUGUACCUUUUCAUUACCCUGUUGUAUAACCCACAGCACAAUUGAAUCUCCAGCGAUUUCACCCAUUACUGAGAGUUUUAUCUUUGAUGAUGGAGUUCACCCCAGGACCAAAAAAAGCCUCUCUAAAAUCGCUGAAUUUGAAGAAGAGGAGGAAGGGUCUAUAUCUCUAAAAGAUACUCCCUCUCAUGCUCUUCUGAGAGUAUACCUUGAGAAGCAACGGGAUGCGGCUAAUGAAAAGUUGACAUUGCACUUCUCAACGUGUGAAGAAUUUUUAAACUUGUUUAUAUACUCUGUUUUAAGAGCAGCCAUUCAGCAAAUUACUGGCCAGCCUCUCACAGAAAGCCCAGACUAUAUAGAUUUCGACAAAGUAGAUCAAGUGUCGUUUCCUGAUUAUUUUUAUCCUUUCUUUGGCAAGAAUGUUUUAGCUGAACCAGUUCAAACUGAAAAGGAAAAAAAGUCAGAAGAGAUAUUAGAAAAAACAAGUUCAACGAGUGAGAGCAUUGGACCUGAGAGCAGGGCUGACUGGUGUAUGUCUCACAGAACUUAUGACAUUGGCAAUAGAAAGGAGUUUGAAAGAUUUAAGAAAUUUAUGAAGGGCACAUUAGGGGAAAAGUAUUUGUGGCUAUGGAUGGAUAUUGAAAGGUUGAAAGUUCUAAAGGACCCUGGAAGACAUCAAAGACAUCUUGAGAAGAUGAAAAAAUGCUAUCUAGUGAGCAGCGGAGAUUGCUACCUUUCUGCAGAAAUCUUAUCAAAAUUUAAACUGUUAGAUGGAUCUCACUGGACUGAAGAACAUUUAAAAAAUAUUCAGUCUGAUGUUUUAAAACCUUUACUUCUGUAUUGGGCACCAAGAUUUUGUGUUACUCAUUCACCCUCAACAAAACAUGCUACAGCUGAACUGAAAUUCUGGCACCUCCGUCAAGAGAAACCAAGGAAAGAUAUUGAUCCUUUUCCACAAAUGGCAACCCUCUUGCCAUUAAGACCUAAAUCUUGCAUUCCACAUAUAACUGAGGUCCAGAAAGAGGACUUCAGUUUAUUACAACUUCCUAAAUCUGCCAAGAAAUUACCUAGAGUAAAAACAGCAACUCAGAAGCCUUUGAAGAAUGAAUCUUUGUAUCUAGUUUCUUCAAAGGAUGAUGGGAUUGAGAAAGGGUCAAUGCACAUAUCAGAAAGCAGCAAAGUUAUUCGUUUAACAUCUUUUACUGACAUUUCUGAAUGUCUGAAGCCCCAGCUGGAUACAAGAUUUGCUUAUACAGAAGAACCUAAGGUUAAAACCAUAGCAAAUAUUGAUGCCCUAGGAGGAUACGACAUGGAAAAUUUGUUGCAAUCUUUGUAUGUAGAAAACAGAGCUGGAUUUUUCUUUACUAAAUUCUGCGAGGAUUCAGGAAACAAGUUGUGGAAGAACUGUGUGUACUUUUGGUUUGACCUACAAGCUUAUCAUCAGCUUUUCUACCAAGAAACACUUCAGCCUUUUAAAGUAUGCAAGCAAGCACAAUAUAUUUUUGCCACAUAUGUUGCUCCAUCGGCCACUCUUGACAUUGGACUGCAGCAGGAAAAGAAGAGAGACAUUUACAAGAAAAUACAACCACCAUUUGAAGACCUCUUUGACACAGCAGAAGAGUACAUCCUCCUCCUCCUUCUGGAGCCCUGGACCAAGAUGAUGAGGUCAGACCAAGCUACUUACAGAGAGGUGGAACUGGUGGAAGAAACUCGGCAGCUAGACUCUUCAUGCUUCCGAAAGCUACGGGCUUUGCAUAAAGAGACCCUUCACAAGAAAGACGAGGGCACCACUGGUGAAACUGGAACUAGUGUUUUAUCACUCUCUAAUGUCUAUAAAGAAACAGAAUAUUGGAAUAAUGUUCCUGAAGAAUACAAGCAUUUUCGUUUUAAUGAUCUGCUGAACAACAAACUGGAGUUUGAACAUUUUCGUCAGUUUCUUGAGGCUCAUUCUUCAAGCAUGGAUCUUAUGUGCUGGAUAGACAUUGAGCAGUUCCGAAGAAUAACUUACAGUGAUCUAAAUCAAAGGGAGGCAAAAUCUGUAUACAUUAAAAAGAAGUACCUUAAUAAAAAGUAUUUCUUUGGACCCAACAGCCCAGCUACUCCAUAUCAGCAAAACCAGAUAAUGCAUUUAAGUGGUGGCUGGGGGAAGAUUCUCCAUGAGCAGCUUGAUGCAUCUAUUCUAAUUGAAAUUCAGAAGCAUGUCCUAAACAGGCUAGAAAAUGUGUGGUUGCCAUUGUUCCUUGCAAGUGAGCAGUUUGCAGCCCGUCAAAAGAUUAAGGUACAGAUGAAAGACAUAGCAGAUGAGCUUUUACUACAGAAGCAUGAAAGGAAAAUCGGGAUCUGGAAGCCAGUGGAGAGUAAAUGGAUUUCUUCAUGGAGUGAUAUUAUUGCUUUUCGUAAAGCAUUGUUGAAUCCAGUUACUGCAAGACAGUUCCAACGUUUUGUGGCUCUAAAAGGAGAUUUACUAGAAAACGGGGUGCUCUUUUGGCAAGAAGUACAAAAAUAUAAGGACUUGUGCCAUUCCCAUUGUGAUGAGUCUGUCAUCCAGAAAAAGAUCACAACUAUCAUCAACUGCUUCAUUAAUUCUUACAUUCCACCAGCUUUGCAAAUUGACAUUCCAGUAGAGCAAGCCCAGAAGAUUAUUGAACACAGGAAGGAGUUAGGACCAUAUAUAUUUAGAGAGGCACAGAUGACAAUUUUUGGGGUUCUGUUUAAAUUUUGGCCACAAUUCUGUGAGUUUAGGAAGAAUUUAACUGAUGAAAAAAUUAUGAGUGUGUUAGAGAGAAGACAAGAAUAUAAUAAGAAAAUAAAAUCCUCAAGCACAGAUGACGAAAAAUUGGGAAAGUUUGGAAUCAAACAAUAUGGAAGUACUACAGGGUCUGCUACCAAAAGCGCCUUAGUCACUGAACCCCUCCAAGGCCUGCAAGCAUAUGGCCGGCAGCCAACCUGGUGCUACUCAAAGUAUAUAGAAGCCUUAGAACAGGAAAGAGUUCUUCUUAAAAUCCAAGAGGAACUGGAAAGAAAGAUGCUUGCAGGUACAUCAUCACUAAGUAAUUUAUUUAGGCUUUCUGGUUCAGUCAUGUCUUUGAAGAAGACUUGGUCUACCGUCAGCCUCCUGAGAAUUCCCACACUACCUCUGUGGUCACUGCUGCUGAACUGGAAGUGUCCUGUCAACCAACUGCCUGCUGUACCUACUGCCUUUGUUGCUGCCUCUGAUUCUGCUGCUGCCAGCCUGAGAUCACCUGGAGGUCUUCUUACUGCUGCCCCAGAAGAAACCACUGCCCUGGAUGUAACUGAAGCCGACACUUCGCUGCUUACCCUGGAUUGGCUGCCUGGUGACGCUGCCCCACAGCUGUAG